AUGCCGUCGCGCCCCAACACCCGCAAAAGCUCGACGCUGCAGUCGGCGCAGGGGGCGCCCAUGGCCGGCUUCGCUGCCGUCUUUGUCGGCCUCUGUCUGCUCUUCUCGUUCGUGCCGCUCGCUACAGUGUUUCCGGACCACGAGCUGCCCUCGCAGAGCGCACGCUCGGGCCAGCCGUCGCUGAGCGCGCGCGUUCAGAACGAGCUGCAUCUCGAACAGCCGCGUUGCCGCAACGAGUUCUCCAGGCUGUAUCCGCAGCUCGCGGCCAACGAGGCGGCAUGGCGCAACAAGGGCGGCAUCAAGUACGACCAUGUCCAGAACGCCGCCCAGAACUGCCGCCACGGAUGCGUGCAUCUGAUCAUCAAGCACGGCCAGAUCUUUGUGCGCGCCCAGGUCAAGGACUGGCAGUCGAGAGUCAGAUCUACAAUGCAGCUGCUUACCGCCGCGUACCAGGGUGCCAGCGAGGACGAAAAGGCGCGAAUCGACGGCACCGAACUCGUGAUCUCGACCGCGGACUUCGAUGGAUUCACCGAUCCCGCGAGUAGGGGCGCAGGCUGGGUGCUCGAUAAGCGCGUCAACGAUACCGAGGGCCAGUAUCUGUUCCCGGACUUUUCGUUUGCUAGCUGGCCCGAGGCGGGCAUUGCCUCGUACCCCGAAUUCAGGCGCGAUGCCGAGCAGGUCAACGCCGAAACGCCCUGGCAUGACAAGCUCAACCCGGCGUUCUGGAGAGGUGAUGCACUCAAAGGAUCCAAUAUCGCCGUACGUGCUUCGCUGCUCGACGUUGCCACCGGGCCCGGCACCGAGUCUUGGUCCGACAUCAAGCGCACCAGCUUCUGGGAGGAAGGUCCGGGUAUCGGCAAGAUCGUCCCGCCUGAAGAGCAUUGUCGACACAAGUUCCUCAUCCACUCGGAGGGCGUGGCGUAUUCGGGACGCAGCAAGUUCAUCCUUGGCUGCCAGAGCACCGUGGUGAUGCACGCGCUCGAGUGGGAACAGCACUUUCAUCCUGCCCUCAUCGCCACACCCAACUCGGCGGAUCAGAACAUCAUCCGGCUGGACGGAAGGUACUUUGAGGCUCUGCCGGCGACCAUGCACGAGCUCAUCCAGCAAGAAGAGGCGAGCGCCUCCGCCGUGACGGACUUCAGGAGGCCUGGCUUGACUACAGGUAAGCGCGUGGCGACAAAUGCCAAGCGCACGCUGACCGAUAGGUAUCUCACGCCAGCGGCGACCGCGUGCUACAUCCGCGCAGCACUGCUGAGCUACUCGGCGGCCAUGGACAGGUCGUCGUGGCCAAAUCAUCAGGGCCCGGCACUCAAGGAGGGCGCGGGAGUCAAACCGGGUGCAGGCACGCCAAAGGGAUCGCUCAAGGAGCUCGGCGUCACGGGCGACAUCGAGUACGGCGUUUGGCAGAACUUGGGUCAGCCAGAAUGGCCGCCCGCCUAG